GAGGAGUAUGGGGGUAGGGUGAGCGUGCGCCCUCGGCAGACAGUCAAGCGCAAAAGACACACGGCUCAUCCGCUCGCCUCCCAUUGACGUCAGUCCGGUAUCACAUGAACGAGCAGGGACCAAUCGGCACGGUCGCUGCCGGAGAGUGCUGGCUCCUUUACACCAAGAUAGGGGGAAAAGACUGAAUAAAAGGAAACCGUGCCAGUGAGCCAGUAAUGACCACAAAAUCCAACGAAGGAGCCUAGACGCGCCGCCAUUGGAUAUUUCGCCUCGUUUCCUCGCUGGUCCCUCGGCUGUGGAUUAUUCUGUUUGGCACCGGGGCGGACGGAAUGGAUAAGGCCAUGGCCCUAACAUAUUGAAUAGCUCGUUGGUGGUGGAGGGGGGAGGCGAGACGCGCACCGUGGAGACAAUUCAUGGGGCAUUGUGCGGGGAGAAAAAUGGUGGAUUAUUUGCACUGUAUGAUCAAAUCCUUCCCCAGCGUGGAUCCCCUGCCAUAAGACACUGCUCGGUGGCUUUUUCUGCGCCUGUCUCGGCCGUGUCGACAGUAAACUGAGGUCGUGUUAUAGUGGUUGGUAGGUAGGUACCCCCCCUCCUCCAAGCUCGAUCCGAACGACCUUUUUUCCUAUUUGUUAUAGGCUAUACAUGUAGGAUUCACCCUCCCCUGCCCCGAGAACGCAACAUUUGGAAACAAUAAACUGUUGGAUUAACUGAACUAUGGAUUUCAACAGCGGCAGCGGCGGCGGCGGCGGCGGGGGCAACGAGAUGCACAACAACCAGUUUUAUCAGUGCGAGGAGAACAAGCCUCUGCUGGGGGAGAUGUCGGAGGGGAAUAAUAACACCAAGCUGGGCGCAGGGCCGUGCAAGCGGACCCUGCACCACUGCAGCAGCAGCGGGAUGCGAUACAAGCUGCUCCACGAGGGGGACAUCCAGGUGUGCGUUGUCAAACACCCCCGCACCUUCCUCAGCAAGAUCCUCACCUCCAAGUUCCUGCGGAGAUGGGAACCGCACCACCUCACGCUCACGGACAGCAGCCUGACCUCGGCCACCCCCACCGGUUACAUGGAGACGUCAUUGUCCUACAGCUCCAUAGAAGACCUGCAGCUCCUCUCGUGGGACAAUGCUCCCAAGUAUUGUGUCCAGCUCAGCUUCCCCGGUGGCACGGUCCUGCUGCAGGCUGCAAACAGCUACUUAAGGGACCAGUGGUUUCACUCCCUGCAGUGGAAGAAAAAGAUCUACAAGUAUCGUAAGGUCCUGAACAACCCGAGCCGCUGGGACGUGGUGCUGAAGGAGAUCAGAGCGCUGGUGGACAUGGCUCUGACCUCACCGCUGCAGGACGAGUCCAUACACCAGGCUCCGCUGCACAUCAUCUCCACCCUGCUGGCUGAGAACUCUAAUCUCAGCACUCAGGAUCAUGAGAACAUUAUCGUGGCCAUUGCUCCGCUUCUGGAAAACAACCACCCACCACCUGACCUGUGUGAGUUCUUCUGCAAGCACUGUCGGGAGCGACCGCGGUCGAUGGUCGUCAUUGAAGUGUUCACUCCUGUGGUCCAGAGAAUCCUCAAACAUAACAUGGAUUUUGGAAAGUGCCCUCGACUGCGUCUCUUCACUCAGGAGUACAUCCUGGCUCUUAACGAGCUGAACGCUGGGAUGGAGGUCGUCAAGAAGUUCGUCCACAGCAUGCACGGGCCAACAGGGCAGUGCCCUCACCCACGAGUCCUGCCAAACCUGGUGGCGGUUUGUCUCGCCGCCAUUUAUUCCUGUUAUGAGGAGUUCAUCAACAGUCGGGACAACUCCCCCAGCCUAAAGGAGAUCAGAAAUGGCUGCCAGCAGCAGAACGACCGCAAGCCCCCGAUGCCGCUCCGCCUUCUGCGCCCCGAGCCUCCUACGCCGCCUCCUGCCACCCUCCUCCCGCUCUCCGCCAACCCCAGUCCUCCUCAGCCGCCUCCCCCCGCCCCCUCAAACCCAACCCCGUCCAUCCCCAUCUCCUCCCCGACGCCCUCCCUCCCCCUCUCUCCUCCUCCAUCCGUCGUCAACUCCAGCGAGAUCCUCGUGGAGCUGGAGCGAAACAACACGGCCAACACCAGGCGGAAGGGCGGGCCAUCGGGCGGCGACAGCGAACCGAACCUCAUCGACUGUCUGCUGGUCAGCCCGGCCGUCAACACUCUGUCCAUCCAGCUGCCGGCACAGGCUGAUCGUGUGCUGGGCUGCUUCGCUCUCAUCCUCAAGAUGCUGUCGGACUACGAUGACUGGAGACCCGCUCUGGCCAGCCUGCUGCAGCCCAUCCCCUUCCCUAAAGAAGCUCUUGCACAUGCCAAAUUCACAAAGGAGCUGAAAUAUGUUAUUCAGAGGUUUGCAGAGGACCCGAGGCAGGAGGUCCAUUCAUGCCUACUCAGCGUGCGUUCAGGUAAAGACGGCUGGUUUCAGCUCUACAGUCCAGGAGGUGUGGCCUGUGAUGACGACGGGGAGCUCUUUGCCAGUAUGGUUCAUAUCUUGAUGGGCUCCUGCUAUAAAACCAAGAAGUUCUUGCUCUCUCUGGCUGAAAACAAGCUCGGUCCCUGCAUGCUGCUGGCCCUACGUGGAAACCAGACCAUGGUGGAGAUCCUGUGUCUGAUGCUGGAGUACAACAUCAUCGAGAACAAAGACACCCAGCUGCAGAUCAUCUCCACCCUGGAGAGCACCCAAGUGGGCCUCCGUAUGUACGAGCAGCUCUGCGACCGACAGAGAGAACUCAAAGAACUGCAAAGGAAAGGAGGCCCCACCCGGCUCACUCUGCCCUCAAAGUCCACGGAUGCCGACCUGGCCCGCCUGUUGAGUUCAGGUUCUUUUGGGAACUUGGAGAACCUGAGCCUGGCCUUCACCAACGUCACCAGUGCCUGUGCCGAGCAGCUCAUCAAGCUGCCUUCACUCAAACAGCUCAACCUCUGGUCCACACAGUUUGGGGAUGCAGGGUUGAGGUUGUUAUCCGAGCAUCUGGCCUGUCUUCAGGUUUUGAACCUGUGUGAGACUCCCGUCACUGACGCCGGUCUGCUGGCUCUCAGCUCCAUGAAAAGUCUGUGCAGUCUGAAUAUGAACAGCACCAAGCUCACCGCUGACACGUAUGAGGACCUCAAGGCCAAACUGCCCAACCUGAAAGACGUUGAUGUUCGGUACACGGAGGCCUGGUGAUCAACCCACGCUCACGCGCACCCCUCAUACAUGAACCGGACACCGACAUAAACAUAUGCACACACUGCACACAGGCUCAGAUAUAUAACACACACAUGAAAUAUUGUGCUGUGAUGUUGUCUCCAUCGUCGCCGUCAUUAGACCAGAGAAAAGUCAGACAUCAUCCCAGCGUGAGGAUCGCCUGAUCAGAGGAGGAGCACUCAUCAGCUGCAUCAGACAUCGUCACCAAGAAAAGGAACUGUCCAGUCAGUCGCUUUUUUUCUAAAUGAGAAACGUUCAUGGACCUCGCCGCUCCCCCUUACUUCUGUCGCCGAUGUUUCAAGGACCUUGUUUUUACCGACGUGAUCAGAGUACAUGCAAGGACCCGCUGUAUUGUGACAUAAGGGACCCUCUGUGUCUCUUGUUAUCCUUUACUCUGUCUUUCAUAUACGGCCUCUCAGUUUUCCAGCCGUUGCCCUCCCUCCACCCCCGCCGUGUGUCCGUGUCACGAGGAAAACAAAAAUCGUCCCUCUCCACUCGGAGCCUUUCCCCUUUCCACUUUCACAUCUCUCCUGCCCCCCCGUCGUGCGAUGAAGGCUUUGGACGCCAGCGGCCCACAUUCCAGUUCGUCUCCGAUCUGCUCCGCGAUGUAGCCCUCCAAAAAAACAAAAAACAAAAAAAAAAACAGGAAAGUGUUGAACUGUCAAAGUCACUUCAGUCCUCAUCACUCGCGCGGUCUUUUGGCUUCAGUUUUCAGGUUUUUAAAAAAAGAAAAUCGGUCUUUUCGAGUAUUUCAUUUGGGGGAAAAAUGAGGUGCUACCUCAGAGAAAAGAAGAGAUUGCAAAGACUGUGCCUAUUUCCUCAUUCACGACACGCUCACAUACACACACACACGCACACACACACGAAAAAAAAACAAAAAUAAAAAAGGUUUUUAUCAACUUGAAUGAACAUAUUUUUCCAAAACAUCUGUGCUUUCAUAUAUUGUGUGUUUCUAUAUAAAACAUAUAUAUGAGGAUAACGCCCACUUGAUGACAUUUCAAAACCAUUUCGGGAGCUCUGCAGGAAAGUGUAACAGCAAAAUUAGUUCUCUUUUCAUUUGUUUUCAGUGUACAUACUGAUGAUCUCCCAUUACUAUUUAAUAGGGCAGUUGUGUAGCAGUAGCUGGGUGGUCUGGGACUGCCUAAUAUUUAUAUAUAAGUUGUAUCUUUCAAACCUCCUUUUACUCUGUCUCUCCUGGAUUUCAUGUCCUGAUAGUAAUGAAGUACACAGGCCCUGUCGUCUUUUUAUUUCUUGUUAUUAUUUUUAUUUUUUUUUGCAAGAAGCCAACCGAGCGGGCGCCCGUACACGGAUCUCCCUGCACACCAUGCCAUGGAUGGUGGUUAAACCUGUAAAAGUGGACUGCAGUGAUUCUGAAGCGGACCUGUAAUCAAGACUCAUCACCAGCUGAGAGUUGUAUAUUUUCAUAUCCUCUGCUAUUUUUAUUUUUUUUUUUGGAAAAAAAAGAAAGGACACUUGCCAAACACCUUCAUCAAAUUCAGUUUUGUUUCUUUGUUUCAUCGGGCCAACAUGACUUUGAUGGUUUCAGUACCGACCGGCGUUUUCAAAGUGGAACCUGUCAUGUGUGGAGAGACAGAGCGUCAGACCUGUCGAGGAAAGUCGAAGAGUCGCAGUGCCUCUAAAGCGGAGCUGUGGAUGCCUAAUUGUUUUAACUUUUUACCUGUCACACCACCUGUUUUUUGAAUUGUUCUGCUGUAUUUAUAUUACGCCAUAAUACAUGGGUGACAUUUUUAGGCUUUACGGAUGAAUAAUUCUCGUCACAGGAUGGGACAAAAGUUAUUGUACAUAUUCUGUCGUGAUGGGCUAUAAGGGACAACAAAAAAAAAAAAAAAAUGGAAAAAAAAACAGAAAAAAGAUUGGCGCCUUUCUGCCAUAUUUGCCCAUUUACAUUCCCUCAAAAAUGUUGCCUGUUUAUUGUGGCAACAUUUCAUAUGAUGUGGUAACUGCCCUGACAACACUGCAAGUCUGUCAGAAUCUCUUUUCCCUCUCUCCCUCUCCCUCUCUCUCUCUCUCUCUCUGUCUACAUGUGGCUUGGGUUGAUUUGUCUUGUGUCAGCGGCCCUUUAGAAAACACAAGACAAAGUCAAAGAUCGCCUCCACCCUUUUAGUCAGCGCCACGCUCUGACUGCAUCCAUCCAUCCAUCCAUCCAUCCAUUUUUUUUAUUUAUUGGACCUCCAGAGUGCUCUGGAUGUUGUUGUUGUUGUUGUUGUUGUUGAAUCGAGGCAGAGAAGCUGCAGCAGAGGUCGGGAUGCCGUCCGCUAUGAGAUACUUUUGUUUCCUAUUUAUUGGGUGCCAUGACAGUUUUUCUGUUUGGCCUGUAGAUUCGGUUUUAUGUACGGCCAUCUUUGGGUCCGGCUUUAGGACCCCGUGCUCUCUUUCAUAUCCUGUAUGAUGUAUAUACAAAUGUAUAUAGUCGUCUCCUCCCUUCUUCCUCUCUUUGAAUCCUUUUUUUUUCUCCUCCCUCUCUCCUCCUUCUCCCUUUUUUCUGUAUCUCUCUUGGCCUCCCUUCAUCGGCAGGCUGGUGUUGCCUUCAUCUUAAUGUGUGUGUGGUUGUUUUUUUGUUUUUUUCACACAAAGUGCACUGUAAUCUAACAAAUUAUGUUUUCAUAAUAUCUUUUAAGUUUCCAUUGUUCUUUGAUUUGAUCACUUUAAUCAAACAUUUGUUUCCUGUGUUCUUGUUGUUUAGUUUGUUUUUGUUUUUUUGCAUGUACAUGUUGCUGCGUCAUCUGGUAUUUUUAUUUUGUAUUUUUUUUUUCUUUUAUAAAAAAGGUUUGAAAUAUGAUAAAGGGUCUGAUCACUAUCUCACCGAGGUUAAGGACUGAAAUGGAGAGAUCCCAUCCAACUAUGUUUUUGUUUUGUUUUUGUUUUUUUGAUUGGUUGUUGCCAGGAUCUACCCAUGAGCCUCAACGGAUCCUCUGAGUUUGAGGCAGUUAUAGGGUUUGAUUAAUAUUAUCUUUAAAAAAAAAUUAAAAAAAAAACAAUAAAAAAAAAAGCCAAUACCAAUACUACUGUAACUGAUUUUUUUUUUUUUUGGACUGAAGCUGCCCCCUUGUCAGAAAGCUGAGGUGUAAACAUGUAAGUCUGGCCAUUUUCAUAUCAAAAACAUUUUAAUAUUUGUUGUUUCUCUCAGAUAAUCUCAUCAGACAUCAGCAAACUUGAUCAUUCACACUUUUACUCUAGUUUUCUUUUAUCCCUGAAUGUUUUUGAAAUUGCAUUUGAAUGAACAGAUUGGUAUCAUGGCAUAAAGAUUGGAAACUUGGGGCGGAGGGAGGGGGGGAAACAAGCUGGCCUGAAUCUGUCCUUGUUUGUUCAAACUGUUUGGGUGGCAGCUUGACAAAGACUGUAGGAAGUCACUGCCCCCAGCAAAGAAGUCGACCGGCACACAACCCCCUUUUUAAAAAUGUGUCUAUGUACACUAUAGUUAAGCUGUAGAGAUGUUGGUAGGUCGAUUUUGUUACCCUGUUGACUGAGCUGGGCCAGCUACUUUACCCCUGUUUCCAUUCUUACCUGGCUGCUGGCUGUAGCUUCACACAGCCAUGAAAGCGCUGCCAAUCUUCUCAUCUGACACCAAAAUGUUGAACUCCUUCCUUUUUAAAGAAGUGGGCACCCCGUAGGAAAAUCCUGUCACCCCUAGGCCAUUACGAGCUGCCACUUGCCCAGCCUGGGUGCCAGCAUGUGGAGGUUAUAAUGUAAAGGUUUUUGUAUUACUGUAGAACAUGAUGGAA